CUCGAGCUAACCGGGUUUGAUGUGGUUUGGCUCGCCAAAAAACCCUUAUUGUAGAUGUAAUGUAAAUAUAUAAAUAAAUAUGAAAAAAUCAAGUACAUUUGAAGCAUAAAGGACAAACUGCAUUUCCUUUAUAAAUGGAGAUAGUGUAUAUUUAAACGCAACUACAUAUUGAGAAUAAUGGGUGGCCUACUCACAACUAGGCAAAAUGAUGGAGUUGAAGAGGUUGAUGUUGCUUCUAAUCAUGCUUACAGGUAUCCACCGAGAUCAGGAAAUUACUUUGCAAGUCAUUUCAUAAUGGGAGGAGAACGAUUUGAUACUCCACAGCCAGAAUCUUAUUUAUUUGGAGAAAAUUCUGACUUGAAUUUUUUAGGAAGUCGACCUACUCCAUUUCCAUAUCCACCUCCACAACCAAAUGAACCAACAAAGACAUUGAAAAGUUUGGUGAAUAUUCGGAAAGAAUCUUUGCGGUUUUUAAGAGUUGUCGCUGAGGGCAACAAAUCUAGUCUUGAAAAAGCAGAUGUUAGGGAUGCAGAAUUAGGAACAAAUACUUCAUUCAACAUAGAAUUUACGUUUGACUGUGAUGUUAGAUGCUCUAUAACUAUUUAUUAUUUUUGUACCGAGGAACUGUCUCCUAAUGGAGUGACAUAUAUUCCUCGAGACUCUACCUUAACUUCAAAAACUUUCCAUUAUAACAGAGGUUCCAAUCAGCAAUUUUGUCAGACAUCUCACAUUUUUAACCCUUCGAAAUAUCCCGACGAUGAUUUAUUAUAUGACGUCGAUAAAGAAGUAAUUCCAAUAGCCAUACACUGUGUUGCUGAAGAAGGACCAGAAGAUGUAAGACAGUCACACACAACAAUAGCAACUGUGGAAAAAAUUGCAGAUGGUAGUUAUAUACUGAAGGCUUUAAAACAGAAGCUGUUUGUAGAUGGGCUCUGUUAUUUAUUACAGGAAAUAUAUGGAAUAGAAAAUAAAAAUAAUGAUAAGGCUGGUAGCGACGAUGACACAGAAGAUAACGGAUCAGAGUGUGUGAUUUGCAUGUGCGACGUACGAGAUACCCUUAUACUUCCCUGUCGACACUUAUGCCUCUGUAAUUCUUGUGCCGACUCCUUGAGGUACCAAGCGAACAAUUGCCCUAUAUGCAGGGCACCCUUUAGGGCCCUACUUCAAAUCCGUGCCUUGCAGAAAUCUCUUAACCCAAAUUUACCUCCCAUAAACCCACCAGAUGGUACUUGUGACAAUAUCCCACCUGGUUACGAAGCCGUCUCCCUCAUAGAAGCUUUAAACGGUCCGUGUACGCCCCGCCAGCCGCCUUCUGCAAUGCCGGACCUUGUCGAGACUCCGGAAAAUGAAAACGCGAUUCAGGCGGCUGAAGUGUUGAACAGGCAGUGCGAUCGCAGCACUCCUCCGAAAAACAGGAAUGGAGAAUGUUCCAGCCCGGAAUAUGGAGUGUCCGUUUUGAUGACUGCGAGACAUGACGGUGGGGAGCCAUCGCAGUGCCCUUUACUAUCCGAACAAAUCGAAUUUAGGAAGCACAGGCCUAGGGACAGUUUGAAACUCAUUAAUGAAAGACUGGACAAAGAUGAGAUUAUGGAUGAAGACAGCGAGGCGGAAAAGUUGUCUCCGCUGUUACAGAAAACUGAUCUUAAUAGAUCUAAUAACCUUGCUCUUCACAUGGCUGACGUAACUGACUCUAUAGAUGACACGGACACCGACCACGACGAACCGACUAAUGUUCAUAUUCCUGAAAAAUUGAAAAGUUACAAUGAACGUGGCGACGAAUCUGACUACUACACCCCCGACGAGCCAGGUCCAUCGGCCGGACCCUUAUAUGAGGAAGCAACGACAAGUUCGGUAGGCAGCACCCCCCACCGUCCUCCACCUGGGACGCCCCACUCACACGCAAGCGUUAGGAGUAGCGAGGAGAGCUGUACUAGCGGGUCGAGCACGAGACACCUGCUAGCCGUUAUUAGCGGCAAUAACAGUGGAUCUUCCGAGAGAUCUGUAAUUAUGGAUGAAGACAGCGAGGCGGAAAAGUUGUCUCCGCUGUUACAGAAAACUGAUCUUAAUAGAUCUAAUAACCUUGCUCUUCACAUGGCUGACGUAACUGACUCUAUAGAUGACACGGACACCGACCACGACGAACCGACUAAUGUUCAUAUUCCUGAAAAAUUGAAAAGUUACAAUGAACGUGGCGACGAAUCUGACUACUACACCCCCGACGAGCCAGGUCCAUCGGCCGGACCCUUAUAUGAGGAAGCAACGACAAGUUCGGUAGGCAGCACCCCCCACCGUCCUCCACCUGGGACGCCCCACUCACACGCAAGCGUUAGGAGUAGCGAGGAGAGCUGUACUAGCGGGUCGAGCACGAGACACCUGCUAGCCGUUAUUAGCGGCAAUAACAGUGGAUCUUCCGAGAGAUCUGUAAACAACUAAAGCUGUAAUUAGAUGAAGCAUCUAAUCGUUUAAGUGGGAAUUGGCAUUCGAUAUUUUAUAUAUACGUGCAUUAAAUAAUCGGAAUACCUAUGUCACAAAUCUAGAGAGGAUGAGGUUUUCUAGAUUUAUGAAAACAUUGCAUCACAAGAAUACACUGUAUACAGGGUGUCCCAGUUUUAUUCUAUGACACUGCGGGAGCGGAGAGAACAACAAAAAGUAAGGCUAAAACUUAUUUUCAGUCCAACAGUUUUCGAAUCGAACACAAAAUUAAUCAUUUCUAUAAAAAAAAAGUUUAAAUGUCAUAAUUUUUGUGAUAAGAUUUGUCGUAAUGCAAUAUCAAGGAUUUGACAUAUUACGAGGGUAGGUACAAAAUAAUAGAAAAAACACAUUGUUUUGUGUUGAUUUAUUUUUCAACGUAUCCCCUUUUAAUUCUAUACACUUCAGGGAAAAAGUCGCUGGGGUACAAAUCUGGUGAAAAAAUGGCAGAUGAAGAACAAUUCGAACUUCAAUCCAAGAAUUUUCGCACAGGUAUUCAUCUGUGCAUGUGUGGAUGGAAGUACAUUUUUUUUCUUGUCCAAAUACGUACUCUUUUUCUUUUUUUUUUUAUUUCUUUACUCAACCAGUUUAAUAACCAGACAUAAUAUUCUCUACUUAUCAUUCAACCUUUUUCCAACUAGUCAAAAGUCCAUCCCAAAAAAGUGGUUAUUACCAACUCGACUGUCUUCACCUUUUUCGGAGACAAUUUGCUGGCACAAACUCACCGUUUUGACUAUUCCUUUGUCUUUGGAGUACCGUUGUGAAAUGUGGCACAGUUACCCACAGCUCUCGUGUCUUACUACCUAUUGUGCAUGCUGCUAAUAAGAGUUGUUUUAAAAUAGGCCCAUGCUUCGUGCCAAGGCAGGCACUAGCUUUGCCAGAACCUUCCAUGUUUCCUUAACAGUCGCAAAAACUCAUUAGGAUUAUGAUAGAAAAGCGCCAAACCAGACAUAAAAUUGAUCACAAGAUUGCAUUUAUUCUCCUCUGCGAGUAAACGCAGCAUCCAUCCCGCCGAUAUUUCUUUCUUACCCAAUUUUUCACGCACUCAUUCCGUUGGAUGUUGUAGCCUUAUAUUUUUUGGAAACUCGGAGUAACAGUGGCGGUAGGUUCCCAGUUCUGAUGGUCCCGACUUCAUUUGCUUUGCUUCGCUUCAAAUCUGUAAUGCCGUAACAGGUUCGCACUUGGAUUUUUCAUCUUUAGCAUCUCUUUGUAGCUUAACUACUUGUUGUAGACAUUAGGGCCUCCAGUAAAAUUGUUUUAUUGGUUUGUUGGGCCAUAGGACGUUGAAGUGUUUUUUUAAACAAAAAAACAAGUCUUUUAUAUGCUGCUUAACAGGCUUUUAACAGGUUUUAAAGGUUUUUCGUAUUUAUCUCGGUAGGGAAGUUUAUGCAACCCUUUUACAAGCAAUUUUGUUCAAGCAAUAAUGUUCAACAUAAAAUAUUCUGAGAUUUUAAAUUUAUUUCAUACUCGGACAUCCUGUAUAUAAGACAGUUCAUCUCUUUUACAUUGAUACUACUAUAUUAAUGAAUUUUUUAGUUGGUGCAGGAAUCUCAGAAUUGCUUCGAGUGCUGUAUAUUUUCUAUGGAAUAAAUAAUUAUUAAUA